AUGAGUAAACGCUCCUUACACUCGUUAUUUGGCUAUCUGUCCGCCAACUAUCGACUUUGUCGAAAUUACAGCUAUAAAGCAGUUCGUAGACCGGAUACCGCAAUAUUAUCCCGCAAAUUGACUGCGCCACAGGUGGAGUCAAAACCAGAUGAACCUCAAGCACCAAAUGAUUUAACAAAACACUUGAGAGCCAAAAUAUUGGCAACAGGACCAAUUACAGUAGCGGAGUAUAUGCGCGAAGUGCUGACCAAUCCACUAAGUGGAUAUUACAUGAAUCGGGAUGUGUUCGGCCGCGAAGGAGACUUUAUCACAUCACCCGAAAUUUGUCAAAUUUUUGGCGAGCUAGUGGCUAUUUGGAUAGUAAGCGAGUGGCGUAAACUGGGUAGUCCAACACCUUUUCAAGUUAUUGAGCUUGGUCCUGGUCGUGGAACACUGGCACGCGAUGUACUUAAAGUCUUAACUCAAUUUAAACUAGCUGGACAAUUUUCCAUGCAUAUGGUGGAGAUAAGUCCCUAUUUGAGUAAAGUGCAAGCUCAGCGUCUUUGCUUCAGCAGCGAGAUGAUAAAUGACGAAAAUUCUCCUCACUAUAUGACGGGUAAAACCGCAACUGGUACGAAAGUAUUCUGGCACAAACGGUUAGAGGAUGUUCCAAACACAUUCUCUAUAGUAUUGGCACACGAAUUCUUCGAUGCUUUACCUGUGCACAAACUGCAACGAGAUGAAAAAUAUUGGAAGGAAGUAUUAAUUGAUGUAAAUGGGAAUAAUGGCAACAAUUGCGAAAAUGAACCACAGUUUCGAUAUGUAAUCUCGAAGUCUCAGACGCCAGUAUCACAUCUGUUUCAGCCAAUUACCGGAGAGACUCGUGAUUGUCUAGAGUAUUCAUUAGACACAGAUCGCAUAGUUAAUAUAAUAGCAAAUAGAUUUGAAAGUGAUGGUGGUAUUGGAUUGAUAAUGGAUUAUGGUCAUUUUGGUGAAAAAGGUGACACUUUCAGAGCUUUUAAAAGUCAUCAACUACACGAGCCGCUAAUUGCACCGGGAACAGCUGAUCUUACAGCAGAUGUAGACUUCAGACAAAUCAAACGCGUCGCUGAAGAAAAUGGUAAAGUACUCUGUUUCGGCCCUGUUGAACAAAGUAGCUUUUUGGAAAAAAUGGAAGGCGAUACUCGGCUUGAGCAAUUGCUUUCAAAUGCUUUAUCUGAAAAUCGUGACGCUAUAAGAAGUGGUUAUAAAAUGUUGACAGACCCUGAACAGAUGGGUAGACGUUUUAAAUUCUUUUCAAUGUUUCCAGCCGUAUUGAAAGAACAUCUCAACAAGUUUCCAGUCAGUGGCUUUCAAUAAUACGUAAAUAAUUUUAUUUCGGAUUGUUAAAAUAAUAUGUACAUUAAAUUAUUAUUAAAAUGUGCUUUGUUACAAAUGUUGAUACUGUUAACAA